GAAUUUCAAAUCAUUCUCCCCCUCAUUUCAAAAUCCCAAAUCAAAAACCAACCGUUAAAAAUUAAAAAUCACUCCUCUUCUUCUUCUUCUUCUUCUUCUUCCUUCUAGGGUUUCAUUCUCACAGACAAAAAAAAACAAUGGAGAAAUACGAGAAGCUCGAGAAAGUCGGCGAGGGCACAUACGGAAAAGUAUACAAAGCCAAAGACAAAACCACCGGCCAAUUAGUCGCCCUCAAAAAAACCCGCCUCGAAAUGGACGAAGAAGGCAUCCCUCCCACCGCUCUCCGUGAAGUCUCUCUCCUCCUAAUGCUCUCCCAGUCCCUCUACGUCGUCCGCCUCCUCUCCGUCGAGUACGUCGACGCCGCUGCCAACACCGUCAAGGACGACAGCAGCGAAGCUAGUAACAAAGAAAAUCGAAACAGCAACAACAACGGGAUUUCCAAGAGUAAUCUGUACUUAGUGUUUGAAUAUCUGGACACGGAUUUGAAAAAAUUUAUUGAUACCUAUCGUAAAGGACCAAAUCCUAGACCGUUGGCGCCCGGUUUGAUUCAGAGUUAUAUGUUUCAGCUGUGUAAAGGAGUGGCGCAUUGUCAUUGUCAUGGGGUUUUGCACCGUGAUUUGAAACCGCAGAAUUUGCUGUUGGAUCAGGAGAAAGGGAUUUUGAAAAUUGCGGAUUUAGGGUUAGGUCGGGCGUUUACUGUUCCUCUGAAGAGUUAUACUCAUGAGAUUGUCACUCUUUGGUAUCGAGCUCCUGAGGUUUUGCUUGGCUCUACUCAUUAUUCUACUGCUGUUGAUAUGUGGUCCGUCGGCUGCAUUUUCGCUGAAAUGGUGAGAAGACAGGCUCUGUUUCCUGGUGAUUCCGAAUUUCAGCAAUUGCUUCAUAUCUUUAGGAUGCUGGGGACACCUACUGAAAAGCAGUGGGGUGGAGUUUCUUCGUUGCGUGAUUGGCAUGUAUAUCCACAAUGGGAGCCGCAAAGCCUUGCACGAGCUGUUCCCUCUUUGGGGCCUGAUGGUGUUGACCUUUUAUCAAAAAUGCUAAAAUACGAUCCAGCUGAAAGAAUAUCAGCCAAAGCAGCUAUGGAUCAUCCUUAUUUUGACAGCCUUGACAAAUCUCAAUUCUGAAGGCUGCAUCUUUCUGGAAUUUGUCAUCUGAUGAUAUGUGACAGCUUUGGAAUUCAUGUCACUUCUGUGUAAUGAAUAAUGGUUAACAGAUGUUUAGUUCGUCAUCUUUGUGAUGAUAAUGCAUUUAUUUAGUUCAUAUAUGCUUUAUAUUGUUCCUCUAAUCACCGAGUGAAAUUGAAUUUCUGAUUUUAGCCAAA